CAUAUACACUCCUCUACAAUAACACACAUACAGACUCAUGCACGUUAAUACGCAUUUCCCCACAAUAUUGUAUGUUCCCUGGUGCAAACACCUCGACCUUUGAAAACACAAACCUGGCAGAAUUUCUCACGUUUGAAGAAAAAUAUGAAAUGAGAUUGAGAUUUUAGCGUCUGAUGUACUAUAUGUUAUGCUGUAGUAUUCUUGCCCAUACACACAUCCCAUAAACUAACUUUUUUUUAUUGCUAAAGGCAUCAUGUAUGCUGCAAGUGAAGUGCCUGUCAGAUUGCAGUCUGGAAGCCACUCACACCUUUCUGACUUUGAAAUUGGAGGUCUGCUUCCAACAAUUAGAACAUUAUGGAUGCCGUAGAGGAGAGGCUGUCCCGUUUCUCUGACCAUGUCUCGCCCUCUUUAUGACGCCAGGCUGUAGCCACUCAGAAAGGUUCUCAGCCCCUCUGCCUUUAGAUAUGGUCACACAACACUUGGUACACAUCCGCUCAUUUCAAGCACACUUAAAGCUCUAAAUGAGCCAUCGCUGUACAUCUCUCUCAGGGAAAUCCCACGCCACCAAAAAAGCUCACCGCAUUUCUCUUUUGCUCGUCAACUUUCAUCUCAGAAAACCCUAAAAAAAAUGUGUGUAGGUCCCUCUCACACACACACACACACACACACACACACACACACACAGUCCCCAUCUGCUUCUCCGCUUCUCCCCUCUGUCAGCACGGUGCUGAGUGAGCGGCCCGAGGUCUGUGUUUACCUUAUUAAUUAGCCCGGUGAUCCUGAAACACUCUCCCUCUGGUACAUAGAAUAACACUGAAAGGUUAGUCGGGGCCAGGGGAGAGAGUGAACUACUGAAUCUAGAGCCUCUGUGAUCAUCAGUCAACUCUACCUCUCUCUGUUGGCACCCACCAACCGCCCCACGUGGUGUUUUUUUAUUUAACCGUUUCAUUUCUUUCCAUGUGCAUCGGUCUGAUGGUGCCUGGUCCCUUUGUUUAGUCGACAGAUUGAGCCCAAAAUAUAAGUCCCAGAGACUGACUUUCUCAACUCGCCAGAUCUUGAAUUCAUCUCCUUCCAUUGCUAUGAAAGGUCUCUGCUUUUAUGAGAGGGGGAUGAAUUAUUGCCAUUGACUGGAUGGAUUCCCGAUCUAUUCAUCUUUGCCGUUUUAAAGUCCUCGGGCCAAAUGGCCUACUCAGGUAUGCUGCGCGUCCUUCCAAUCGGCUGAAAAUGGAUUCAGAUUGGAGUGCCGCAGACCAAAAUUCAAAACAGACCUUCAGCAGACUGAUAGAUAUGCCCUGAAAGCGCUCUCGUGAAUCCACUCCAGCUAUGUCCUCUCCUCCAUUUUUGGGCCAUAUCUGUGUCCUGAGGUCUGCAGUCAAGAGGCCAUACAUGGACAGACAAGAGCAUAGUGAAAAGAAUAACAUUAGCAAUACAGAAUGUUCCCUUGGCGGCUAGUUGAAAGCAGCGCAGGGAAAAUGUGGUUUUCAUUAGGCAUUGUUGGUUUAAACCAGGUUAAAGGUCACUUGAUGAAGGGAAAGUCCACCCUAAGGAAGUAGUCACUUAUAUUGUUAUAAUAAAUGAUUCAAUAUUUGAGAGCAUGAAGAAGUCUCCUCGAACACAAAAAAACUUGAUCAAGUCACUUUUUCACAUACAUCACAUAUGCAUCUCCAGAAGUGUCCAGAGAUGCAUGUUGUGUCUGUGUGUGUUUGCUUUUGGAGACUGUCUCUAAACCUGGACCACUUUACAUCUGGCUGUCAUAUUAAUGUGUCCAGUGAAACAUUUAAAGGGAUUUACGGCCUCCCCACAGCCCACCCCCCGUAGAGUAAAAUUCCUCACCAAUGGCACAAAUUAAUUUGUGCCUCACAUUACCACUAAUUAGAACAUUCCGCAAAUUUAACUUUGACAACAAAACGGGCAAAAAAUACGACAACAACCACUUUGGGUCUCAGACGGGACCAAUGUCCUGAGUGCUCGUGACCUGAUUGGCUGCAGCAGAGGCCCACCCCAGGACUCACUUCCUGUUCCUCUUUGCCAUUUGGGGGGUUCAAUUAAGGCCACUUUUCCUAGAGUGGGGAAGUGAAUCUGUGAUGCACUGAGAAGCUUUUAGUCAAAGCUAUUAAAGCAGACAAUUUAUCUGUACAGUGUAGUCUUUUCUGGCAGCAUAUAAACCCAAGGAUCAGUGGUCCUGGUGGUUAGUAAUGUCCUCACAGGGAAAUGAAGACUCUUGUCUACUCUCCUACACCAGAGAGAUUUCUUUUUUCUAUUAUAAAGCAGGUCUAGGUGCUAUAUAAAUCUUGUGAAAGUAUCGAGACGCUCAACGCACACAGCCCGUAUUCAGGCACUGUGCCUUUAAACGAGUCGUCCGGACUUCAGUAAGGAUGUGACGUCACAACGAUGCAGUCACCUGUAGAAGUGAUGCUGAACUCAGUGUAGUUGACACACUGCCUGAAGACAGGCAGAUGUGGAAGACCGGGGACCGCUGACCAAUCAGAGCAGACUUCGGUAGGGGGCUCUUAAAGAGACGGGCGCUAAAACGGAGUGUUUCAGAUGAAGGGUGACUACAGGUAUAUUCAGACAAACCGUAUAAGAAAAAUAAUGUUCGUUUUGCUUUUUACAAUAAAGCAUGUAAACAUUUUCUAGUAGAACCCCAGGAUACAAGUAUGACCCCCCCCCCCCCUGUAUUCUUUCCACAUACACUAAUUCCCUCAUCCCCCCCGCUGACCCCUUUAGCCCAUGUAACAUUUAUCUCCUCCAAACCCCGCUGUGAUCCGGUGGCCGUAUCUGAUUCUCCCCCUUCCUCCUCUUCCCCUCCACUCCAUGCUCACUGCUCACGGCAUACCGGACGCUUCCCCACCGCCCCCAGGAGGAGCUGACGGAUCCUGAGCAGCUGAAGGCUUCACGCUGUAUGCCUCUGUGUGUGUCGUUAAAACCACCCCUUGGCAGAAUUUUCACCUCUUUGUCAAUCUGUAGCAUCCAUCUUGUCCUCCUGUGUGUGGCACCUGUGUGUCAGAAACGCGAGUACUGUAAUCAUGUCCGUCACAUCUGAAAGGUGUUGAAAACAGGAGCAACGAGUAUUGUGAGACGUUUCCUGGGAAGUGGUUUUAACAGCCACGUCAGUUUGAAUGCUUUCCGUGGUCCAGUGACCCCGUGACCCCGAGAGUCCGCUGUUGGAAAGACGUCAGAGGAUUAAAAAGACAAGAUGUCCACUUUUGCUCAUUGAAGUCUCCGCCAAUGUGUUUUUUAUCGCCUGUUGCUUUGACUUGAAAACAUUGAUUCAUCUCCCUCUUUCUGUUUUUCAGCCCUGCGAGGCCCUUUCGAUUCCCCAAAAGCUAUGCCGAGCUGAUUGCUGAUUGGCCGGUGGUGGUGCUGGGGGUGUGCACAGUGCUCAUCGUGGUGUGUGCCCUAGUGGGCGUCCUGGUGCCCGACCUGCCCGACUUCUCUGACCCACUGCUGGGUUUUGAGCCUCGGGGAACAGCCAUUGGGCAGCGACUGGUCACAUGGAACAACAUGGUGAAGAACACAGGCUACAAAGCCACGCUGGCCAACUACCCCUUCAAAUACGCUGAUGAGCAGGCCAAAAAUCACCAAGAACCCAGAUGGCCCGAGGACCACUUUGAAAGAGACAAACGGCAAGCAGAGUGGGACUUCAGUAAAGAAUUCUUCUGUGAUGUGCCAGGUGACCGUUACUCUAGACUGGUGUUCACAUCAGCUGAGGGGAAGAACCUGUGGAGUAUUCAGGCUAUCAAAUCUAUGUGCAAUCUGGACAACACAAGGGUGCGUUCCCAUCGCGACUACUGGAGUCUCUGUCAGCGCACCAAUGACGCCUCCUGCUGUCCAAGCUGGACGCUCGGCAACUACAUUGCCGCCCUCGCCAACAGGUCGUCCUGCCAGAAGAUCACAGAGCGCGACGUAUCGCACACGCUCAAGAUCCUGCGCUCAUGCGCCAAGUACUACCACAACGGCACGCUGGUACCCGACUGCUGGGACAUAGCCCUGCGAAGGAAAGACCAGCUCAAGUGCGGCACCGUGCCCCGGAAGUGCACCAAGUACAAUGCCGUCUACCAAGUUCUUCACUUCCUGGUGGACAAAGACUUCCUCAGUACCAAGAGCCUGGAGUACUCUCUGCCCGUGCUCAAACACAGCAUGCUCUUCUCGCCCACAGAGAAAGGAGAGUCGAUGAUGAACAUUUACUUAGACAAUUUCGAGAAUUGGAACUCCUCAGACGGCAUCACCACAGUCACAGGGAUCGAGUUCGGCAUCAAACACGACCUCUUCCAGGACUACCUCCUGACGGACACAGUGUACCCCGCCAUAGCCAUAGUGAUCGUCCUGCUGGUCAUGUGCGUGUACACACGCUCCGUUUUCAUCACUCUGAUGACGAUAAUAGCCAUCAUCAGCUCGCUGAUCGUGUCGUACUUUCUUUACCGAUUGGUCUUCAACUUUGAGUUCUUCCCCUUCAUGAACCUCACGGCCCUCAUCAUCCUGGUCGGCAUCGGCGCGGAUGACGCCUUCGUGCUCUGCGAUGUGUGGAACUACACCAAGUUCGACAAACCACACGCUGAGCUGGCCGAGACGGUCGGUGUGACGCUACAACACGCUGCGCUGUCCAUGUUCGUCACCAGCUUCACCACCGCUGCCGCUUUUUAUGCCAAUUACGUCAGCAACAUCACCGCCAUACGCUGUUUUGGUGUCUACGCAGGCACCGCCAUAUUGGUGAACUAUAUUCUCAUGGUGACGUGGCUCCCGGCUGUGGUGGUGCUACAUGAACGCUACCUGCCCAGCAUGUUCCCCUGCACCAAGCCUCCGCACCCACAAAGGGGUUACUGCACCCGGACUUUCUGGGCAGGUCUUUGUCAGAAGGCCAACAAUUGCCUGUUCACCGCCUCAGAGGGGUCCCGGAUCUUCUUCGAGAAGGUGCUGCCCUGCAUCGUCAUCAAACUGCGCUACCUCUGGCUCUUCGGGUUCCUCGCCAUUACGGUGGGCGGGGCCUAUGUGGUUUGCGUCAACCCAAAGAUGAAGCUCCCGUCUCUGGAGCUGGCAGAGUUUCAGGUGUUCCGCUCCUCGCACCCGUUCGAGCGCUACGACGCCGAGUACAAGAAGCUCUUCAUGUUCGAGAGGGUUCAUCACGGCGAGGACCUCCACAUGCCUAUCACCAUCAUCUGGGGCGUGAUGCCCGUGGAUAAUGGUGACCCCCUGAACCCAAAGAACAAGGGAAAGCUAAUACUGGACAGCAGCUUUAACAUUGCCAGUCCAGCCUCUCAGCUGUGGAUCCUCAACUUCUGCCAGAAGCUGAGAAAUCAGAGCUUUAUCUUUCAGUCCGAGGAGCAGGACUUCACCAGCUGCUUCAUUGAGACGUUCAAACAGUGGAUGGAGAACCAGGACUGUGAGGAGGCUUCCGUCUACCCCUGCUGCAGUCAGUCCACCUUCCCCUACAAGCAGGAAGUCUUUGAGUUGUGUAUCAAGAGGGCCAUCAUGGAGCUGGAUCGGAGUACGAACUACCAUUUAGACAGCAAGACCCCCGGACCUCGAUUCGACAUCAACGACACCAUCAGAGCCAUAGUGUUGGAGUUCAAGAGCACCUACCUCUUCACCCUGGCCUAUGAGAAGAUGUACCAGUUCUACCUUGAGGUGGAUGCCUGGAUCGCUGAGGAGCUCCGGAAUGCCCCAACAGGCCUCAGCCACGGCUGGUUCAUCAGCAACCUGGAAUUCUACGACCUCCAGGACAGCCUGUCGGACGGCACUCUGGUUGCCAUGGCGCUGUCGGUGGCUGUGGCCUUCAGCGUUAUGCUGCUGACCACCUGGAAUGUCAUCAUCAGUCUGUAUGCCAUCCUGUCCAUCGCUGGCACCAUCUUCGUCACGGUCGGGUCCCUGGUGCUCCUGGGCUGGGAACUGAAUGUCCUGGAGUCCGUCACCAUAUCCGUUGCGGUUGGGCUCUCCGUGGAUUUCGCCGUCCACUACGGCGUGGCCUACCGGCUCGCCCCUGAGCCCGACCGCGAGGGAAAGGUAAUUUUCUCCCUCAGCCGCAUGGGCUCUGCCAUCGCCAUGGCGGCACUGACCACCUUUGUUGCCGGUGCCAUGAUGAUGCCCUCGACCGUCUUGGCCUACACCCAGCUGGGCACGUUCAUGAUGCUGAUCAUGUGCAUCAGCUGGGCCUUUGCCACCUUCUUCUUUCAGUGCAUGUGUCGCUGUCUGGGACCCCAGGGGACCUGCGGCCAGAUCCCCCUACCCAAAAAGAUGCAGUGCCAGGUGUUCUCCGAGGUCACAUCCAUGAGCCCCUCACCUCAAGGGAAAGGCUCCGGCCUGGGGAAGUACCAGCUGGACAGCAGGGGUGGGGAGGUGGAGCAUUACGAGUUGGAGCCCCUGGCCUCCGGUCAGAAGACUGAAGAUAUACCCAGAGAGGAGCAGGAGGUGUGUGCUCAGCUCUACAAUGGAAUCCCACCUCAGCACCACAAUGGCCCUUACUCCCACAUCUAUUACAAGAGCAAAACCGAGACCGGCAGAACCGGCCCUGAGAACGGCCUCGUGGCCGCACAGAGCACAAAAUCCAGGUGCCAGUACUCUCAAAACGCUAACUGCACCUGCGGGGACCCCUCACCUGCUCACCACCCGUCUCAGCAGUGGACCCCCCACUCCUGUGCUCAGCCUCCCCAGGACUCUCCUUCCUGCCUCCCCACCCCACAGCUCCUCCCGCUCUCAGGAAACACCCCGGGCACACAAAACCCACCUCUGUUCCCUACAAACCUGGACCCGGUCUACACACAUACAGAGUGCCGUAUGCACUAUGUCCACUGCCCCCCCUCCCAUUUCCACCACUGCUCCCAGGGAAGAGUAGUGGCCCCCAGGCAAGGACCUGCCCACAGCUGCCAUUUCAGGAAGUAUUGCGUCCACACGGCAACCCUGCAGGCUGGUUCAGCUAGAGAGCAGAGACCCACAACCGCGGCUUUGAACCAGGACACGGACCCGGCUCCUGGCUCAGAGCCUGCUGGACACGAGGACGACCACAGAAACGAAACGGGGCCCUCAAGCCUCGACAGUAGCCAAAAUAUCAGCACCCCAGCCCUGACGCAAGCUCAGACUCGGUGCCCCUCCUCCCCCUCACCGUGCUCACCACACACAAGCAGACAUGAAAGACAGACGGGAAGGGACAGUGACCUUUGUUGCGGCGAUAACCACGUAUCCACAACUACAGAUCCAACCCCACAAACUGACGCUUGUUGUAGAAUCCCUGGCAACCAGGAGAAGCUCAAAAGUAUUUCCGUCACACGGGAGGAAAGCGUCAAAAAGUGCAAGCGGAACUCCAAAAGACAGCGGGCGUCCUCCGCCUCUCCAAAGAAACUCUACUGUUUUAACAGGACGUUGAAAGUGAAGUGCAAUUCAGCUUCAGAGUUCAGCGUGCCAAGAACUGAAACCAGCGUGCCUCCUAUUGCGAUCACUACCAACCCCUCUUCUGAAAGCUUAUGUUGAUGACAAAUUCAUAUUUUAAUAAACACUCGAUAUCCAGAACAAGUAGCAAAAAAAAAAAAAAUGGACUGACACAUAAUGUCUGUCUGUGCAAUCGAACAAGGUUUGUGACGCGUUUGCUUACCAAGUGCCUCAAUGUGUUCCACCAAGCAGCACAGCCCUACUAACUAUAAUCUGUUUACAUGUCUUUUUUCUACUCACCAGGUCUUCACGUGCCACAUUAUGUCUUCCAUUUUACACUGUUGCUAAAGCUAUAUAAUUAUGGGAAAUUACCGGUCUUUUCCCAAAAGCACCGUCAUGGAAUUUUGCUAACUACAGUGUUUAAUAUACUCAUACAGCCGCCGUUUGCACUGACAUAAAAUGGUAUAGUAUAUAUUGUGAUAUUGUGAUUAAUUGUCAGUACUUGUCGUCAGAUAUGAUCACAUCAGCCGGAACGAAAAUGUGCCACAUUUUUACAAGUCAGUGAAAAAAAAGACACCUUUUUUUUUUAGUCUUGGUGGGAGUCGAGUGUUCAAUCCUGUCUCCACACGCCUCAGAUAAAAGAUGUACUGUAUGAUUAAAAUGUCUUUUUAUUUUAUCACUCU